CAGUUGCAUCUUACCGUAAGUAUGUUGCUGUUAAAGUGGGUUGGUUGGUUAUAAAGCCAUAAAAGUCCAAAGUCCAAGUUCAGACAAGAUGAAGUGAUCAUUUUCCUGCUUCACAGAUAAACAAAGGACUCAUCUCAGGCAGCGACUGACUUUGGAUCCAGGAUGGUUGGGACUACAGCGGACCCUGCAGAGAUCCGGGCUGAACCCAAACUCACCAAGAAGCAGCUUAAAGCCCAAGAGAAUAGAACUGUUUGCCACUCGGAACCAUGGAAUAAACCCAACCUCAGUGGACAGGUGAAGCCUUUCGAACAAUUUUCCCAAAGCUGUCAGCUUCAAGGCAAACCCCCUGCAACAAAGCGUGAACUCAAGCCAUUGCACAGUCUGAAAGAGUGCCUAGAAUUUCUUCAAAAACUGGCAGAGGAUGUGAACAUCAUCGGCCAGCAAAAUAAUGCUGAAGCAAACUGGAGGAGGAGGCAAGGUCAAACCAAACCAAGGAGAAGAGACGACAAACCUACAAAGAGCAGAAGGAGAGACAAGGUGAAGAGUGUCAGUAAGAGGGCUACACCAGAGGGGGGCAGCAGAGAGCCAGGUAGCCUGCAGAGCAGCAGGAGGACGAUCCUCAAAUGGGCCGAGGAGCUGGAACUAAACAUGGUCCAAAAGGACACCAGGCUAACAGAUGAAAACACAACAAGAAAAGAAGAUCCAGGAGGAAAAGAGAAAUCAGAUUUGGAAAAAGACAAUGAAAGGCUUCAGAAGUGGGCAGAAGAGCUGAUGAAAAUCAAAGAGUCUAAUGGCGUGUCUGAUGAGGAACUGAAGAAGCUGCUGUUUCCCAGAGGACGCAAAGAUUCAAGGAUAGCCGCCAUCCUCCCUCUGCUGGAGUUUGUGGCUUGGUCCCUGCUGUCAGAGGAUACUGAGGAGGCUGUAUCGAAGCUGUGGCUGCCAACCAAACAGAAGGCCUGGAGGACAGGAAGUGGAAGCCCAAGAUACAUUCCUAACUCAGUGUGGCAGUGGAUUCAGAGUGCCCGAGUCUCAGUGCGGUUGGACAUCAGUAACAGUCAUCCCUGGCUGGAUGUGUCCAAGGAUCUCCUGAAAGUUCAAGAGGCAGCAUUUCCCCCCACUGGUGUCUCAAACUACAGCCAACUGUUCGCUCAGAGGUGCUGUGUGCUGGGGGACAUUGUCAUCAAGGAAGGAAGACACUACUGGGAGGUGGAGGUGUCUCCUAAGGGUAGCUGGAGAAUUGGUGUGGUGUCAAAAAGUGCUCCCAGGAAUAAUAGGUCCACCAUGUCUCCCAGAAAUGGAUACUGGACCCUGUGGAGGGGCAACAGAUUGUGGGCCUGUACCGAGAGGCCCACUAAGCUGCAGAGGGCGGCUCUGCCCCGGCUGAUCGGGGUGUUUGUGGAUUUUGAGGAAGGACAGGUGUCUUUUUAUGAUGCCGAGCGAAGGGUUCACAUUUAUACUUUCUCUGAUGUCUUCAAACACAGCCUCAUCCCUGUGUUCAGCUACCUGGAUGGAGACACGUUCCUUAAAAUCAUCCCGGCACAGAUUCCAGAGAAAAUGUGUCUCAUAUAAAUCAAUGUGACGAAAUCAAUAAUGGUUUUCCAAGAAUACAAAUAAGUACCUCAGUAUUUUACAUUGACUUAAAUGUAGUAGAGUAAAAUCCUGAAUACUUACUGGGAUUGCCCUUUUUCUGACAACUGUAAUUGCCAAUGUUCUAAUUUUUUAUACUAAAUAAAAUCAAAUGAAAUCAUA